AUGUUUGCACUCACUGAGAUGGCAGAGGGCAGAUGGACCGGUGUCCGAGCGUCCUCAGAGACGUAAUUUAUGGACGUGUCUGUGUCACACUGCACAGCUGUUUACAUGUCUGUUCUGGAUAGAUCCUUGAAAAUAUGAAGGUAGCCACUUUCUUGUGUGUGUGUUUGUAUCAAGCGUAUUUACAUUUGGGUUCCGGCAGACACAUCGGGAUCAAGGUUGAUGAUAUUUACAGUGUCGUCAUGCGAAUCCUGAAAGUGUUUGACGAGCAGCAACUGAAACGUUGCUUCGUGGAGGAAAGUCAAACGCUAAAUAAAGACAAGGAUGCAGCUGGGUAAAGGCAUAGCUAUGUGCUCACACACAUGCUGAAGAUAGGAGUGAGGCUGCUGCUGCACCGUUCCACCGUGACGCGGUCCUUAGUCACAUGAGCCCUGGAACUGAUGUUGUUUAGAUGCACUGACGUGUUUACUCUGUGGUGUGAGUAAGAGAGAGAUGAGCUGCCAUCAGUACUCAUGAGUAAGAAGAUUUAAUAGAUUUCUUUGGUCAUGCUGAGUUUUUUAUUUUUUGUGAAAAAUGGAAUAAUUACAGUAUUAUAUCCAACAAGACUGACCACCCUGUCGUUCACAUAGAAUCAUGUCAUGGAGGAGCUCAUUUAACCAUAGCAGUACUUUCAGAUGCAAAACUAUUUCUCUGAACAGAGGCUGUUCGAGAAGCUGCCUCGGGUUUGAGGGUAAGAAACACACAACUCUCCCAGUCCACUGAUCUUUUUCAGACUCUACUGGUUCGUCAAAAUAAAACCUUCCAUGAGUUCCUGUGUGUUAUUUUAACACCCCUCAAAAAAAAAAAAAACCACCCACUGACACACAUGCUAAUGGUCCCACCCACUGGGCUCAUAAUAGUAGGUGACAAUGGAGCUGUGGGAAAGGGAGGUGGUGGGGUGUCCCAGUCAUUCGCUGACCAGCAGCCAUGAUUGACUGACGCCGGUAGCAGCAGCCAGCCCCCCAAUCCCAAAAAUAGCUGAAGUCUGACCAGUGGAAGAGCGGCAGCAGAUAAAAGUCAGCUGUCACCAAGACCCCAGAACGAGGAAGAGUCCAGUCAGAGCUGGAGCUGAGGGAAGAGACGGGCUGAGACACACAUCACAGGGGCCACCACGGCAGGCACGCAGCAGGUGAACAGAGCUGGGUGACUUCUUAAUGAUAAAUACAAUAACCCGCUGAGCAAAGGAGGCACUGAGUCGAGACAACCCAGAGACAGGACAUCUUCUUCCUCCUCAGUGAGGGACAGAUUAGCUCUCUAUCUGACCAAAGCAGCAGCCAGUGACUUGACAGGAGGCUUCGUGCAGCCAGAAUUCGUAGCUACUCCGGGAUCAAAAGUUAAACACAACAAGAUGGCUGAAGCAGCUAGGAAAUUCACCGUUUCACAAGCAUGUCCAGAAGAAGAUGACCUCCUCCCUCCCCCACCUCCCCCUGUACCACCCAAACCUGCUGACUACGAAGGGCCGGCAGCAUUAUGUAGCCUCCCGGUGCCUCCUCCCAAAGAAAGCUUCACCACCCUCUAUCAGCAACGACAGAAGAACGAGCUGAAGAGGCUCUUUAAACACAUCCACCCGGACGUACGGGCGAGUCUCGACGACGCGGUGGAUGAUGAGAUCAUGAAAGCCGUGCAGUCAGAGAGUGCUCAGGCAGCAGAUGGCUCUUAUCAGGGUGAGGUUCAGUCCAUGAGGUGGAUCUUUGAGAAUUGGACUCUGGACAACAUUGGAGAUCCUCAUGAAACCAAAAAGCUUCUGCACACAGAGGAGUUAAAAGGCGGAGAUGUCAGGAGCACCUCCUCAAAGUUCGAGUACGUAGACAGCGCCCGACACACGUCUACUAGGAGACAGAGCUCUGUCAGAGGUGACGUGAGAACAUCAACAUGGCUGUUUGAGACCCAACCUUUGGGUUCUCUCAGCAGAUCCAAAGGCGAGGAGGGGGAACUGGUUGAAGCGGUUCUGAAAGAACCCUUACAGUCUGGAGAUGUGAGAGGGACUCGGCUUCUCUUUGAGACGAAACCUCUCAGUGACUUAGGACGUUGCAAUUCCAUAGAAGACUGCAGCGUUCUGAAACUAAAAUCAGAGCUUCAGGAGCAGAGAGGGGAUUUCCAGAAAACCCUGAAACUUUUUCAGACAGACCCUGGCUGUGCCAUCAGAGACAAGAACGGCAACAUCCAUACUGUUACAUCCAUCUGCAGGGAGGAGAUCAGCAGCAGCAACUUCAGCACUGCCCGCUGGCUCUUUGAAACCCAGCCUUUGGACACGGUCAAUAAAGGAAGUGACGGAAUGAAAAUGAUACGGGGUAUUUCCCUGGAGGAGGGGCACAGAGGGGGUGUUGACCAGAAACGGUGGAUGUUUGAAACUCAGCCAUUUGACACUAUUCAAGAGGUUGCGGGAGUGGGAGAGUUUGAUGGAAGAGCAGAAAGGUGUCUGGAGAAAGAAGCAAUCAUCGGCGGAGACGUGAAGACUUCUCUUUGGCUGUUUGAAACUCAACCUGUGGAGACUCUCAGUGGCAGCUAUGAAGUUGGGCGCCUGCAGAAAAUCACCCUUUCUGCCGAAGAACAAGGAGAAGUGAAAGGCAAAAAGCUAAUCUUUGAAAAUGGCAAUUUUCAAAAGUACACCUCACGCCAAGAGGAGGAGAUCAAAAAAGGUGACGUGAAGAGUUACAAACAACUUUUUGAAACAAUUCCUUUGAGCAAAAUUUCUCAUUUUGAGAAGGAAAUAACCACAAAGGAGGAACAAUCAGGCGAAAAUGUGAAAGAUGACAAAAACCCUUUAUAUGCAAUAAGGGAUGGUCGUGGAAACAUUCAUGAGGUUGUAACAGUCAGCCGAGAGGAAAUCAUCAAAGGGAAAGUCAAGAACUACAAGUGGAUGUUUGGCACCAAGCCUUUAGAUCAGCUGGUAGAUGCAAAAGGAAAUGUUGAAGUAAUUAAAGGCAUCACCAGAAAAGAGGACACCACAGGUGAUGUGAAAAUGGCAAAGUGGUUUUUGGAAACCCAGACAACGGACGGGAUCCAUCUUAAGUGCAACCAAAAUGAGCAAAGCUCUUCAGUGAAAGAAGAACCUUGCAAAGAUGAAGUCAAGACCUGCAAAUGGUUAUUUGAGACGGAGACAGAGUCCAUUGAUGCUGAUUCCAAAGCCACUACCUGGCUUUUUGAGUCCCAACCCCAAGAUGGCAUCAAAGAUGGUGAACCAAUCAGUUUGAAGCUCUGCAGCAGCACAAUGGAUCCUGUCAAAUGCGAGGUUAAAACAACCAAACAUCUGUUUGAAACAGAAACAUUCAAGAUUUCAGAACAGAAUCUGAAGUACAUCAGCCAGGUCCACCUCCAGUCGGGAGGUGUCUCGCGUGUCAAAGAGCUCUUUGAGUCCCAAUCCCUUGAUGAAAUCGGAUCAGAAAAGGUGACAUCUUCUGAGGGGCAGAACCAAGAUGAACACAUAGAAAGAGGCUCGGUUCAUAAAUUUACAUGGAUGUUUGAGAACUGUCCCAUGACCCAGAUCAGCAAGGACCAUGAUGGCGUAAGCAUGGAGAUAGCUGGAGUCAUUGAGAAAGGAGAUGUUCAAAAUAAAAAGUUUAUUUUUGAAACCUCUUCAUUAGACAAAAUUCACCAGGAAUCAAAUGAGGAGAAGUCAGUACCCGAGGAAGGACCUUUGAGCAAUGUUGAUGUCAAGUCGAGCUCCAUGAUGUUUGAAUCGAUGCCGCUGUAUGCAAUCAGAGACAAGGAGGGCCAGUUUCAUGAGGUGACAACUGUGAGAAAAGAAGAAGUGAUGAGUGGUGACGUAAAAGGGGCCAGGUGGAUGUUUGAGACAAAACCACUUGAUGCCAUCAAGGCAGAGAAUGACGUUUAUGUGAUUCGAGCUGUCACGCAGGAAGAUGUCAAAACAGGGGGUGUCAAAUCAGCCAGGUGGAAGUUUGAGACUCAACCUCUGGAUUCCUUCGGUCGAGACGAACCUCCCGUCAGAGUAACUGGAGAAAUAGAAGGCAUCAAUGUCCAACAAAACAAAACGAUGUUUGAGUCUGAUCAGUCCUCCAGGAAGUUUGUCAGAAUGGUUAGUGUCACUGAUGUGAAGAGAGGGGAUGUCAGGACCUCCACGUGGCUGUUUGAGAAUCAGACUCUGGACAGUCUGAAAGGAGAACCUGAAGAACAGAGUCCGGUUCAAACAGUCCACAGGGAGGACAGCCAGAAGGGGGAUGUGAAACGUUGCACCUGGCUGUUUGAAUCUCAGCCCCUGGACAAGUUCAGGGAACUUGAGGAAGCCUCAGACCAAGCUGUGGAGGAGAUACCCAAGGCCGACGUGAAGUGCACUACGUGGUUGUUCGAAACCACCCCGCUGGACAAAAUCACUGCCAGCAGCACGGCUGACACCCUUUCGUAUUUGUAUGAAAUGAAUUUUAUUCACUCAAGCGGAAUUAUAAUAGAAGCAAAUGAACAAAAUAAUGUUAAUAUGGCAAAAUUUCAGCUUGAAAGCAACGGAGGUGUGAAGAUUCAGAAAGAAGAUGUCGUCACUGGUCAAAUCAGGAACAUUAUGUUGCAACUUCUGCUCAAACCAACGAUAAAACCACAAGUUAGUCUCCUGAGAGAAGUCGAGAAGGGCAAAAUCAAUACCGCUGUGAUUGAACUUCCAGUCUUUGAGUCAACCACAGCUGCUGGCAUUGAGCGUGAUCAAAGAAUCCAAAAUAUCACACAAACCAUAGAAGAGUUACUUAUCUACAAAAAACAUUUCAAAAAGGGAAUCGUCAUGCAAGAGGCUGGAGAUGGAAAAGCAGAAAUGUCGGUUUAUUCUCUAAUAAGUAAUGCAGAAAUCAAAACUGAGAGUCAAAUCGUGGAAAGGGGAGAUGUUAAAAGUACAAUUGGAAAUCUGUUGGCAACCGCUAAUAGUCACCAAACUGCAACGUCCUGUCGCGUGGAUGAAAACGAGAAGGGAAAUGUGAACUUGUUCAAGAGCUGCAUUGAGAAGGGAGACCUGCAGUACUUGAAGAGUCUUCACGCCGAGGCAUCUGAAUGUGAAGCUGACCACAGCAGCUUGAUCAAAGAGCAGAUCGAAACAAUUCAAGGGGGUGUGAAGGAAGCAAAGAGGAGCCUGUGGCAGCAAAAAGAGCAGGUGGAGCGAAGCAUUUGUGAUGUUUUGCCAGGGGAUGUACAGAACACCAAAAAAGUGUUUGCAUCUGAGAGCUGCGUUGGUGCGGACAGCAGUGUUCCUAAAGAAGAAAUAAUCCCAGGAGAUAUCUCUUCAGCAAAGCAACAACUUGCUGCGAAACCACCUGUGACUGUUGACAAAGAGGAGAUCGUACCGGGAGACAUCAGGGCAACAAUGGAGUCAUUAGAACGUGCAAAGCAGCAAAGCAUGAGCGUGGAGCGGGAGACCUUUCAACCCGGAACAAUCUAUGACAUGGACAUAUCCUCACAAGGUCCUGUAGAAGAAGGAAGUCAACCCCAGAAGGAGGUUAUCGUAUCUGGAAAUGUGAGAGCAGCGAAAAAGUCUCUUGAAAUGGCCAAGCAACAAAGCUUGCAUGUGGAGCGGGACGUUGUUGUUCCUGGGAAAAUAUACAACUUGGGAGUGUCGGCUCAAGAAGAAAGCUCUUCAAAAGUGAUGCAGACCACAUACUCGUCGUCCUCCAGAAUCCAGCAGAUCAAGACUAACCCAAAGGUCAGUGAAGCAGAGCAGGAAAGCCAAGUUUCCUUUGAUUCCUGUCAACAACGAGCUGUGUUAGUCAGUAAUUGUGCCCGACACCCACUGCCACAUCUUAUAGACUGUGAUUUUAAUGGUCAGUCAACUGAGGGCGAGCUGGGAGACGACGUUAGAGGAGAUGUGAAGGCAGCAAUUAGGUCCCUGCAGAGUGCAUCAACAGAGCAGAAGUUUGUAGAUAAAGAGAAUAUCAUUAGAGGAAAUGUGCAGAUGGCUUUGGAGUCUCUUGGGAAGUCUAAGGUUAACGUGUCCAAAGGAGACUAUCAAGCUGCUAUGAUAUACAGGAACUCAGGCAGGGCUUGUUCAGGAAGAAGCAAAACUGUUCACAAUCAGUGUGUUGUGGUGUCUGUGCCUCCAACUGACACAAAAUUAUCUCAUUCAAUUGCAGUAACCUGUGAAGGGCAGCCAAGCAUCUCAACUCAGAUUUCAGUCCUGGACAUCGUAGCUAAUGGAAACUCUACAUCACCUAGCUCUGAAAGAGUAACUCCACCUCCACUCGUAGAACAGACCAGGAAACCAAAGGAGCAGAAGCCAGCUUUACCACCAAAGCCUCAGUGGAUAAAAACCAUAGCUCUGGAAGGACCAAACACCUCUCCAGCACCUGCCCCUGAAGUCACCUUCUCUGAAGAAGAUGAUAUAAGUAGAGUGGUUCCCCCAAAGCAAAGACAACAGCACGCUGUACAAGCUGCAGAUAAAAGACAAGACGUCACAGCACACGGUAAAAACAGUAAAGGGAGUUCACACGAGUUGCUCCACCAACAAAACGGAGAUGAAACCAAAUGUGGAUCAAACGGGUCAAACGAAGUUCUGAUGACGGACUCAAACUUUCAGCAGAACGAGAGGAAAUCAAAUGUAAAUGUUUCUAGCUCUAAAGAAGAGGUAAUAGAAAGAAAUGUGAUACAGAAAAUAAACGCAGUUGAGGAGAUUCAGAUGUGUAUGAAGAACUAUACAGAAGAUGGAAAACAGGAGAUGAGCAAGAGCUUGCAGAAUGUCCUACAGAACUUUGAGAGGAAGGAUGGCGAGGACAGGCGAGAUCUGCUAGCGAAGAAGGUAAAAGUGAUUCAUAAUAAUGCUAGUGAAGACAAAUACACCGAUAAAACCACCGUCGGACAGCGCAAACACCAUCCCAACCCGGCCAAAAACCAACACAGAACUCCAGCAGGAGCAUCACAGAGCAACGAUGACCAGAUCCCUUUGCAGCAAAAUGAUCUGAAACGGAACAAUCAAGAAGUUGGAAGUAAAGUUGUUAUGAGAGAGAAGAAAGUAAGAGAAACAGAGGAAGAAAGGCGGCAAAGGCUUUCUGUCCACAAGGACGAAAUCAUGAAAGGAAAUGUGAAGGCAGCCAUGGAGAUCUUUGAAAAUUUAAAGAAACGAGAGGAACUCAAAGGAAUCCUGUCUCAGGUGCAGGAGAUGGAAGGUGAGGACUGCGGUGUGGAUGCUAACUCCCUGAUGACUCUGUAUGACAAUGUCCCUGCUUGGAUGGCCACAACCAGUAGAAAUGCUACAAAAUGUAAAAUGGAGGGAAAGAAGGUAGAAGUUGCAUGGCACGACGAUGAUCUUGAAAGCAUCUCCUCGGUUGAAACUGCGUUUGAAGAUCUAGAAAAGGCGAGUAAGGAGAUCAUGAAACUCAAGGAGCAGACAUUAGCCAAACUCGUUGACAUUGAAGAAACAAUAAAAAAGGCUUUGUACUCUGUGUCCAAUCUCAAGUCUGAGGCUGACAUUGCAGGCUUGUCGGGGCUGUUCGACGAAUCUUUGAAAUCUGAGCAGAACUUUCUUCCUCCCAAAAACAUCAGGAAGAUCAGUAUUGUGUCAAGCAAGAGCAAACCAGGUCCUGCCAACCAGACGAAAGGUUCAGAUUCAAACCUUCCCAAAGGACAAGUAUCCAAUCAACCAAACAAAAAGCCACUCAUUAGACAAUCCUCCUCUCAAUCCUCACCGUCUUUCAUCUCCAUUCACUCUACAAGAAAGCCGUCUGAACAACAAAAACCAACCAUGACAACAUUUAAACCAAAUUCUGAAGUUUCUUCACAUAGCUGCACCAAUGCAACUCAUGAUCUAGAUCCUGUUGCUCCUGAAUCCUCAAAGAAUGGUCUCAGUCCAGAACGCAAAGUCAGCGUGCUUGAGGUGAAAGCUGUUCCCAAGCAGGAAGCAGGAAUAGUCGGCACCAGGACGGUCAGCGAAACGUACGAGGAGAGCGACGGCUUCGGCAACGUCUUUGUUUCUUCCACAACUUCCACGUUUAUCACCAACCAACCCGACGGGAAAACACCAGCUCUGUUUGAGGUGAUUGGAAGUCCAACCAGAUACGAAGUCCUGACGUCUCCUUCAGCUCCAGCGUCUGGAAGUCCUUCAGGAGACAGAGUGUUGAACAACCCAAAGAAGGAAGGGAGGGUGUUCGUUUCAUUUAGGCAUCCAAAGGAAAAACACUAAUGUGAUUAAAGUUUGGUGAAUUUAGUCAGGUUACAUUUGUGAGUUUAUCUCGUUUUGUUUUUAUUUAAAGUUUUUUUUAGUAAUGUUUGUGUAUUAAACUAAUAUUAUGAGAAUAAAAUUACCUUUAAAUAGUAAAAAAAAAAAAGUUUUAUAGAAUUUUCUACUGUAACCAGGGUUUGUGUAUUAAAGCUAAACAUUAACACUAAUUUUUGUGUAAAAUGUCAAAUAAACCACUGAAAGUUUAAAA